AUGCCGCUUAUCCUAAAGCCCUCCAUCCUUCAAGGGGUCGAGAGCGAGAAAACGGUGUUAAGAACCAGCGAGGGUGGCGAUAUAUACACGGAUGAGGGAGUCUCUAAUCACUGUUACCGAUGUAAUCACGGCUGUCAGUCGGAAGUGACUUGUCUAUAUAAGCUUGUGAUGGUUGAUGGCCGGGGCCAUGGCCGUGGUUAUGGUUGCGGUUGUUUGACCAUCACCAUGAUGUCUGACAUAAGAGGCGCUGCUGGACUAUGCAGCCAGCCUUCAAGGAUAAGAAUAACUAAUGACGAUCUCGACUCUGAAACCUGGAAACGGUUCUCUUUCACCCUGGACCUGAGGUCUGCGUCUAGAUGGACAUUCCCCAAGGAGAAAUCGUCUGGAGUUUGUACAUGUCCACGUUCGCUGUGGCCCUUCCUGAAACCCCAGAGCCAUGGGAGGACAAGUCAAACCUCACCCCCCAGCCGCAGGAUCUGCACCUAUGACUUGGUCUUGCAUCGUCCACACAGCCAUGUUUGUUGCGCGAAGGCAGUUGUUUAUUUUUAUCAGCUGCAAACAAUUAUUCUUCUCUCCCUGGCAUGCCGCCCGGUCCUCGCGUUCAGGCUGAUGGGAAGGAGCCUUUGGUACUUUAACUACCCGGGUCGGGAGAAACGGGUGAUUCCACGAACUGGCAAGCUACCAUUCGAUCUUGAGCCUUGGGCUCGUAUUUACGAGGGCACCUUACAUGCGCAGGAACCACAGGUGUGGGCAAGCGCUAACACUGCAGGGCAAAGCGAGGCCAGGGUUAAACGGGCAGUUCUGGCCAAACAUAUUCUUCCCCUGGUUGAUGCUGUGACAAACGACGCUGUCACGUCUUCGGGCAAACCGCCAACUACGAGCGAAAAGGCUUUGACGCCCGAAACCUCUGCAAUCAAGGGAAGCCAUGUCAUUGCAGCCAUCGGCUAUAGCACCCUAGGAGAUAAGUGGAAUACGGGAGGAUUCCUUAAAGGAAAUGCAAGCAGGAAGCAGAGAUUACUCUUUAGCGUGAGAAGAAUCCGCGAGUGGGGGUUGAAGAUAUGCCUGAGAGCCCACAACGCCUCGGGCGGCAUCUUCACCCCCCAGCACCUAUCCCGCGCAUCGCAUCUUGAUAAUUUGGGGUAUGAUGUUGGAUGCUGCCAGCUUAACUAUGGCAUACCCUUGCAGGUCGCUCAGGAAUCCAGGUUGGCCUUUUUCAGGUCUCCUGCCGUAUUCUUGACUAUUGAUAGAUCGACGAUUCCCUUCUACCAUUCACGCCCAUGCGGAUACCGCCCUUCCUGCCAUCAUGACAAACUUGCUCUCUCAACCUUGGAAGGCCCUGACGACGGUGUCUCUAAAGAUCCUGUGUGGGGGGGCGGACAAGGGAGUGGCCGUGGUACCUACGAAUCACUGUGCCGUAGGGAAGACGCAAUGCUGCCCGCAGAAAGGCAACCUGACUUGAGACUCGAGCAGUUUCGGCGGUUUAUUGAAGCGGACCGGUACGGGGCGAGGAAUAUGAUGCGUAUGCAACACCCGUCCUCGAAGCAGGAGAGAGCACAGGCACAGAGCACCACAGACUCUCAGUAUAACGAGAUGCAAUGCAAGGAGGCGGUAUCGAGAGGCGAAGGCGUCCAGGGGAAAGAUACCAGCGCCAUUAAGCCAUAUGUGUACCUAGCUACCGACCGCCCUGUGUACUGGCCAGCCGGAGCACACUGGGAUACCCACGCUGAGGACGGGAAACACACUUCCCAGAUUGACCACACACCCGAUACAGCAAUAGAUAGAUAA